CCUCUUCCGUUUUGAAACGCUUCCCGAAUUGCGAGAAACGGCCCAGCCUCGGAUCCGAAGCACCCAGCUUCUCUCUCCGAACCUGCCCUUCUCUUGUUCUUUGAAAAUUUCACUCACUAUUUCGAUCACUCCUUUUUAUCUGUCCGAGCAAGAACGACACCAACGCAUCCCUCUCCUCGGUGCUACUGCUCCUGCAAACCCUAGACGUUCGCUUUCGAGGAUUAGCUCGGUGCUUCAAUGGAGCUUCUCAAUGUCACUGUGAGAAUGUUUUAAUAAUUUCAAGGGUUAAAUGGUAGUUUCUCAGAGGUGUGUUUUUGGACAGCAUCAUACAUACUUGGAGAAACUUUUCUUGAUCUUCCUGCUAUGUAGUUUUUCAAAUAUUUUAAACUUUUUCCCUUGAUCAAUUAUAGACCUUCAUAUAAAUAGUUGUGUGCUGAAAAUUUGUGGGCUGGGUUAUCUAUGCCUGGAAACGAAGUAGGAGACAGGGUCCAUAAUUUUUUUGGUCAAGAGAACUUGUCCGAGGGACAAUAUCAUUCUCAAGCGGUUGAUGGGAACUGGCCAGGACUAAGCAACAAUUUGUGGGCUGGUACCCAGAGACCGAUUGGUGUGCCUUUUGUUUCCAAUUUGAAGAAUUUUAAUCAACAACAAUCAGAUCCUGAGCAGGGGGACACAAGCUCUCCACAUUUGCGACAUGGUUUGAACCUUUCACAGACUAGUUUUAGGCAUGAGUCUGGCAGAAAUUUGUUGCCAAACCAGCAAUCAGCUGUGAAUGGCUAUAUGCAGGGACAACAGGUCUUUCAGACCAGGCAGAAUGAAGCAAACAUUUUAGGAAUGGAAACAGAAUCUGAUUGGCAUAGUCUGUCAAGAGGAAUUCCAGUGCUGGAGUCCCAAGGGAGUGGUCUUGAACUCUACAAGAAAAACUUGGCUAGGAAUGAUGCUACUGAAUCUCCAGUCAAUUUUGAUUUUUUUGGAGGUCAACAGCAAAUGAGUGGACGACAUAGUGCAAUGCUUCAACCUUUACCUAGACAGCAGUCAGGAAUAACUGAAAUGCAUUUAUUACAGCAGCAAGCAGUAUUUAACCAGAUGCAUGAAUUUCAGAGGCAACAACAAUUUCACCAAAUAGAAGCGAAGCAACAGAAUUCUAUGACUCCUACUUCCUCCAUUUCAAAACAGGCAGUUGGAAGCCAUUCUGCAUCUCUCAGUGGCAUUCCCAUUAAUGAGACAUCUAAGCUUAUAUGGCAGCCUGAAGUAUUAUCAACUAAUGCUAAUUGGCUCCAGCAUGGUGCCUCUCCAGUUCUUCAUGGGGCCUCAAAUGGACUUAUGUUAUCCCCUGAACAAGGACAGGCAUUGCGUCUGAUGGGUCUGGCUCCUAAUCAGGGUGACCAGUCCCUUUAUGGGGUUCCAAUUUCUGGUUCAAGGGGCACUCCUAACCUGUAUUCUCAUGUUCAAGCAGAUAAGCCUGCAGCGCCUCAGCUUUCCAUACCACACCAGUAUUCUCAUGUUCAUGGGGACAAACCUGCACUGCAGCACAUAUCAGCUGGUGAUAGUUCAUUUUCUCCUCAUCAGUAUGCUGCAUUUUCAGACCAAAUUAACACAAAUGAUGGGACUUCAGUUUCAAGGCCAGAUCUUCAGGGGAAGAGUAUGUUUGGUUCUACUUCUAGUGGUAUAAGUAGUGGACUGAAUAUGGAGAAUUUGCAGCAAAUGAAUUCUGAGCAAAGAAUUGUUCCAAUGCGAGAUUUUCAUGGGAGACAAGAACUUGGGGGAUCUGUGGAAAUGUCACAGGACAAAAUGCUAGAGCAGACUCCUAUUUUGCAGAAUGUGGCUACCUUAGAUCCAACUGAAGAGAAGAUUUUGUUUGGUUCAGAUGACAGCCUGUGGGAUGGAUUUGGUAGGAAUUCAGGUGCUUUCAAUAUGCUAGAUAGUACAGAUAGCUUUAGUGGGUUUCCAUCUGUUCAGAGUGGGAGUUGGAGUGCACUUAUGCAGUCUGCUGUAGCAGAAUCUUCUAGUGGUGACAUAGGCAAACAAGAGGAGUCUAGUGGUCUGAGUUUCCAGAAUACAGGACGGUCAUAUGGAAAUGAGCGACCUCCAACUAUUGAUGGAAGCAAAGGACAAUCUGUUUGGAGUGACAAUAACGUGCCAUCUGCAUCCAAUAUAAAUUCAAGACCUUUCCUACGGCCUGAUGAUGUUAAUAGGCCAAAUGCUGCUGAAAAUUAUUCUGGUGUUUCUGGGUUUCAUCAGUCAGGUUCUGAUACUUUGCAUGAACAGCAUAACAGGUUGCAGAGUAACUCUUCGAGAUCAAUGCCACAAUUUUUAGAUAGAGGCAAAUGGUUAGAUUGCAGUCCUCAGCAAAAACAACUUGCAGAAGGGGGUCAUAUGUACGGAAAUGCUGCUAACUCUUCAGGUUUGGAGAAAAACCAACAAACCAUAUUGUUUGGAAAUGGUAGUGGUGAUCCUUUCAAUAAAUCCAAUGGAUGGGAUAUUGUGAAAUCACCACCAUUCAACAGGAGUUCAAAUUUUAAAGUCCAUGAGAAUGAAAACUCAUCACAGCCCCAUCAUGAGAAAGCUGUGCAUGAGGAGAUGGGCCAAGUUCCUGCUAUAUGGGAACGUGAUUCUGAUGCUAAUUCAUCUGUUGGAAUGGAACAUGUGAAAUCUGCAGGUAAUAUGCAGGUUUGUGGGGAGGAAUUUGGCACCAAUGGUAUUUCUGAAUUGCCAAAUUCUGGCACUGCAUGGUUCAGCCAGCAUAUCAACAAGCAGCUUCCUAAUGUUGAUGUAUGGAGGGAUGCAGAGUCAGCAGGGAGCUAUAGAAGAAAUGAGAUUUCAGGAAAGUAUAAGCAUCAUAUGAAUAAGAACCCAUUAGUUUUGGAAUCAUCAAAGAAUGGAAAGGUAGAAGGUGAGACACAUGAUUUAGAGGACUCUAACAAAAAGGAAAAAUCAGCAGAUAGUCUUGGCUCUAAUCCUUCCCAUCCUAGAGCUGGUGGUAUGAGAGAAAAUAGUAGUUUUGAUGGCAAUGAUUUGCAUAGUCCAAAGUUAUCUGGUCAGGGUAAUCGAAGACCUCUUGUGACUCGUAAAUUUCAGUAUCACCCAAUGGGGGAUCUGGGUGUUGAAAUGGAACCUUAUGGAAACAAGCGUGCCAUAAAUUCACAGCCUAUGGCCCAUCAGCCCUUUGGAGGGCUUAAAGGUCGGGACCAAAGCUAUCUUGGACAGUCAAAUUAUGGUCAUUCUGACAGGAAUUAUAAUGAAAUAAAUAAGGGUGAUUCAAUAAGCUUGGAUACAAAUGCUUCAAAAAGCAUACUCCCGGGUCAAAUGCCAAAAAAAAUAGCCUCAUUUGAUAGAAGUGUUGGGAAUUAUGCCUCACAGAAGAUUAUCUUGCCCAGGGGGCCUGAAACUGAAUCUUCUGAUGGGUUGGUUGCACAUCAUCAGCAGAAUCAAAGUCUUUUGUCGCAGGGCUUUGGUCUACAAUUGGCUCCUCCUACUCAAAGGCUUCCUGUGGUACCUUCUCGUAGCUCAAUAGAGAAAGAUCACACUGCACCACACAUGUCUGAGACGAGGGAUAAGGACCAAACAUGGUUAGGUACUGAUCAGACUUUUACUUCUCGAGAUCCAUCUCAUGGGGAGCUUAGGAGUAAUAUUUCUAGUGCACAAGGAAAUUUUUUUGAUAAGGCCUCACAAUAUGAUGUGCUGGGAAGCAUUCCACAGGCUUUUACAUCUGGCUUUCCUUUCUCCAGGGUCCAUUCUCAUAAUCAGAGUUUGGCAAAUUUUAGUGGACAAGUAGCAAAUACUCAAUCUGCCAAUGUAACUUUCACUGCUUCCGUGAAUCAUACUGAUGAAUACUUUGAAAAAGCUCAAACUAGUCAAUCUGAGUUGGCUUCUGCUCAGGAUAUGUCCCAGCUGAAUGGUUUAGACCAAGAUCAUCCGAGAGAUCCUGGCAACCAAAUUUUGACAGCUGAGGCUGACACUCAAUCUUCUGUUACUUUCAGUGCAUCUCAACAUGGCACUGUUUCAAAAGUUACACACAAUGCAUGGACAUGUUUUUCUAGCAAGCAGCAUCCUAAUGCUUCGAGGUUUCUAUCCCCACCCCAACAAAUUAAUGAUCAUGAAAUGAUCACUGGCUCACAAAAUCCAGUUGAUGAGGGUUUUGAGAAAGAUUUUAAUGUUGUCUCUGAUACUGAUCCUUGUGCUGCUUACUCCAACAGUUUGGUUAAAGAUAUUUCUGUGCAGCAGACAUUACCUGAGAAUGAUAUUACUACUGAAGAGGCUGCAGGUGCAUCACACCUGAAGGAACCUGUUGGGAAACAUACAUUUGAUGCAACUCAACCUAGCCCAGCUGCUACUCCCAGAGAUAUUGAGGCUUUUGGUCGAUCAUUAAGAGCAAAUAUUGUUUUGAAUCAUAAUAUCUCAUUGUUGGAUCAAGUUCAACCCACAAGAAACGGAGAGGUUGAUCCUAGUAAUCGGGAUGUGAAGAGAUUGAAAGUAUCUGAUAAUGUGGUGGACAAACAGCUGGUAGAUUCCAAAUGUGGGCAACAAAUGUCACAUGGAUAUGAUAAUGUGGUCAAAGAUGGUACAGGUAAUAAUUCCAUGCUAUCACCAAAUCCUAAUAUGCUCAGCUUUUCGACAAAGCCCCUUGACGGACAGGACACUAAUGCAUCUUCUCAAGAGGAGGUUGGUUAUGGUAAAAAAACUGAGGUUGCUGACAGUAAUAAAGGAGCUUCUGUUAAAAGUGAUUAUUCUCUGGUAAAUCCUCAGAUGGCACCAUCAUGGUUUGAGCGAUAUGGAACUUAUAAAAAUGGUAAGAUGUUGCCAAUGUAUAAUGUACAGAAGAUGACUGCUGCUAAGAUUAUAGACCAGCCUUUCGUUGUACCAAACCAAUCAAUAGAGCAAACUCACAAUGUUAGUGAGGCUCAGCUAAGUAACCCAAGGGAAAGUCCAAUGUCUCUGUCAGUUGCAAAUAAGCCUGUAGACUCUCAGUUAUCAACUCCUGCCAUUGAGCCCGAAUUGGUUUUUGUAAGGCCAAAGAAGCGAAAAACUGCCACAUCUGAACUCAUACCAUGGCAUGAAGAAAUAUUAGAAGGUUCUGAAAGGCUUCGAGAUAUUAGUACGGCUGAGUUAGAUUGGGCUCGAAGUGCAAACAGACUGAUUGAGAAGGUUGAAGGCAGUGUGGAGGUAGUUGAAGAUUUGUCAGCAGUUGUGAAGUCAAAAAGAAGGCUUGUCUUGACUACACAGCUCAUGCAGCAACUACUUGGCCCUCCUCCAGCUUCAGUUCUUGUAGCAGACGUGAAGUUGCAUCAUGAGAGUAUGGUCUACUCAGUUGCCAGAUUAGCAUUAGGAGAAGCAUGCAGUUCAAUUUCAUGGUCCAGAUGUGAUACACUUUUGGCUCCCGGCAGUAAGAACUUACUGCAUGAAAAGUGUAAAUCGUCUGAUAAAAUUGAUCAGUACAUUUUGAAAGUUACGGACUUUGUUGGUAGAACAAGGAAACUGGAAGACGAUAUAUUAAGAUUAAAUAGCAAAGCCUCAAUUCUAGACUUGAGGUUGGAAUGUCAAGAUCUGGAAAGAUAUUCUGUCAUCAAUCGAUUUGCGAAGUUCCAUGGGAGGGGACAAAAUGAUGGGGUAGAGGCCUCAUCAUCUUCGGAUGCAAAUACUAAUGCUCAAAAAUCGUUCCCCCUUAAAUAUGUUACUGCAGUUCCAUUGCCUAGGAAUCUCCCAGACAGGGUACAAUGUCUCUCACUUUGAUAAUUUAUUAAUUCAUUUUUCUAUCCUUUUUGAUCAACUGACUCCACAACCUCCUUCUUCUGGUCCUUUUCUUUCAACUUUUAUUAUUGCACUUCAUCACCAUAGAACCAUACAACUGGCAAUGUAGGGGAAGAAUGGUAUUUUAGAUUGCCUCAUCAAUCGCCGGAGGCUGUAGAUCUUGCAGUCUAUAUAUUUGUAUGUAUGUGUAGAUCUUUUCAAUCUAGUUAUCUUAAGAUUUUCAGGUUCCAAGCCAUUUGUAUAUAGCAAAUUAUAUAUGCAGUCUAUUAAGGUUUAACCAUACCAUUUGGCUUGGUUUUGUCUGAUUAAGCAUAGGUCUUCACUUAACAUUUUUGUUUUUUUCAAUAUCAAAUCAUUUUCUCUGCGCUUUCCUUUGUAGUUCUUCCCAUUGCAAAACCCCUUUGACAGGGAUGUUACAUUCCAUCAGCAAAAUGUAAGUGCGUCAAAAGUUGUGGACUUGAUUUACUUUUGGUAUUUAAUUAAUAUUGAUUGAUGA